CGAGAACGUGGUCAAAUGUUACNACUCGGCAAUAUUUUUGGGGGCGCAUUCCUUGAACGAGGAGAACGUACGAGCUGUGGAGAGAUCGUGCGAGGUGUUGAACGCGUACCUCAACGACCGCGAGUACGUUGCCGGCGAUACGCUCACCAUUGCCGAUUUUGCCAUCCACACGACCAUUUGCGUCCUGUUGAAAUUAAAAUGCCGAUCGAUUUUUAUCAACUUCUCGGAAGCCCACCUUGCCGAGCAGUUGCAUUGACGGCCGCUGCUCUUGAUAUCGAAAUGAACUUCAAACAAGUUAAUUUGAUGAAUGGGGAACACUUGAAGCCUGAAUUUUUAAAGAUAAACCCACAACACACGAUACCUACAAUUGAUGACAAUGGUUUCUAUUUAUGGGAAAGUCGAGCCAUUAUGAUGUAUUUGGCGGACCAAUACGGCAAAAAUGACUCUCUGUACCCGAAGGAUCUGAAGAAACGGGCGAUCGUUAAUCAAAGAUUGUACUUCGACAUGUGCAAUUUAUAUAAAUCGUUCAUGGAUUAUUACUAUCCUAUCAUUUUCAUGAAAGCGGGUAAAGAUCAAGCAAAAUACGAGAACAUUGGCACGGCGCUUUCGUUUCUCGAUAAAUUCCUCGAAGGGGAAAGCUACGUGGCAGGAAAGAACAUGACUCUUGCCGAUUUAAGUAUCGUAACCACUGUCUCCACGAUAGAGGUCAUGGACUACGAUCUCAGCAAAUAUAAGAACGUUACGAGAUGGUUCGCAAAGAUAAAAUCUGAGAUACCGAAAUACGAAGAGUACAACAACGGUGGAUUAAAAAUGUUCAAAGCCUUGGUGGAGGAAAAGUUGUCGAAAAAGUAAACCGAAGAUGGGAUGAUAUAAUUUAUUGUGCGUUUAUAUUAUAAUUCCUUUCCGCUUUUUAUUAUUAUAUGAACAAUGAUUUUACACGAAUAAAGUGUUGGUUCAUCCUUUCGGGGAUUGAA